UUUUUCUUCUUCAUUCUUAUAUAACAAUAGGCCACUCAUCUCUGUUUCUCACUCUAAAUUCAUGGCUGCUUUGAUUUUUAUGUUUUACUUGUUAAUUCUGAUACCAUAUUUCUUCCCUGCAUCAUCUGUAUCAUCAUCCCAACUUGUUCUUCUACCUCUGACCCACUCUCUUUCUAAAACUCAAUUCAACUCCAUCCACCAACUCCUCAAAUCCACCACCACCCGCUCCGCCAACCGCUUCCACCGCCAUCACAACAGUAAUCAACAAGUCUCUCUCCCUCUCUCGUCUGGUAGUGAUUACACUCUUUCCUUCUCCCUUGGCGAUUCCAACUCCUCUGUUUCUCUCUACCUCGACACAGGCUCCGACUUUGUCUGGCUCCCUUGCCACCCUUUUCAAUGUAUUCUUUGUGAGUCCAAACCCGAAAAGGCUCAACCUUUUACCAUUUCCGCCACCGCCUCAAGACUCUCUUGUCAAUCCCCUGCUUGUUCAGCAGCUCACUCAUCUCUCUCCACUUCAAAUUUAUGCGCUAUUGCUAAAUGCCCCCUCGACUCCAUUGAAAUGUCUGAUUGUAAAUCUUUCUCUUGCCCCCCUCUUUAUUAUGCCUAUGGAGAUGGCAGUUUGAUUGCCACACUCUAUAAAGAUUCUUUAUCCAUGCCAGUCUCAGCACACAAGUCUUUGGUUCUUUCUAAUUUCGCCUUUGGUUGCGCCCACACCACUCUGGCGGAAACCGUCGGUGUUGCCGGCUUCGGUCGUGGCGUACUCUCAUUUCCAGCCCAGCUUUCUUCUUUAUCUCCUCGACUUGGAAACAGAUUUUCUUACUGUCUUGUCUCUCACUCGUUUGAUUCUGAGAAAACUCGCCGCCCGAGUCCGCUCAUUUUUGGCCGCUAUGAAGAUAAAGAGAAGGUUGAAGAAAGGGAUGAAACUGAGUUUGUGUACACUGAAAUAUUGAAUAAUCCGAAACAUCCGUAUUUUUAUACUGUUGGGCUGAAUGGAAUCUCGGUGGGAAAAAAGAAUAUUCCGUCUCCUGGGUUUUUAAAAAGAGUUGACAGAAAGGGAAACGGCGGGAUGGUGGUAGACUCAGGGACGACUUUUACUAUGCUGCCCAAGAGUUUGUAUGAUUCAGUGGUAGUUGAGUUCGAUCGCCGAGUUGGCGUGAGUCAUGAGAGGGCUAGCGGCAUCGAGGAAAAGACGGGGCUGAGUCCGUGUUACUACCUAGGGAAGAUGGCGAAUGUGCCAAUGGUGAAGUUUCAUUUUGUGGGUAACGGUUCGACUGUGGUGUUGCCCCGGAGGAAUUAUUUUUACGAAUUUUUAGACGGUGAAGAUGGGUCGGAGAAGAAGAGGAAUGUGGGCUGUCUGAUGCUGAUGAACGGUGGUGAUGAGGAAGAGUUGAGUGGUGGGCCAGGGGGUAUUCUAGGGAAUUACCAACAGCAGGGUUUUGAAGUGGUUUAUGAUUUAGGGAAAAAAAGGGUUGGGUUUGCUAGAAGGAAGUGCGCAUCUUUGUGGGAAAACUUGAACAAAAACUAGCAUACGCAUGGUUGACUUUGGGUUAGGGGUCUUGGCAUUUUGACUUAUGGUGAAUAAUAAUAAGGGGUUUAGAAUUUGAUUUCAGUCACACUUCAUUUUUUGCUUUAUAAAAUCCACCAUAGUUUAUACAAUCACCUUGCCUGGCAUGUGUAUAUAAAUGUAGGUGGAUAUUUAAAGCAAAAUAUGAAGUGUGGGCAACGAAAGUAGAAUAGAUGGGGUUUUAUUCUAUGUUUAAAUUGUAUUCUAAAAAGGUUGCGAAGCAGAUGUCGUUUUGAUUCUUUUGAGUAAAAAUUGUGUAAUUGUUAUUUGGUCUUUGUCACAUCUCCGUAAAGUUAAGGGGGAUCAAAAUGUAAGGCUUUUUGUUCUUAUCCACUGAGAUGGGAUGCGUUGAGACAGUGACCCAGACAUGGCGCGGGUUAACUCACUCCUGCAAUGGAAACCAGCUGUCUUAUUGUAUGAGGUGGACCCUAUGUACCGGAUUAUUGAUGUGGAGGUGCUUUCAGUCAUCA